CCAGGAGCGUGGAGUGGUGACUCUUCCUCAGAGUUCAGACGCCGGUGAUACUGUAGGUUGUUCGUUCCAACGUUAGUAGAAUCUUGAGCUCCUAGUUCGCAGUUCACAUUCGUUUCAUUCUCAGACACAAACGCGGCUUACUCUCAGUUCGCGUGUGUAUUGUUUAUAAAAUACUCUUUGCAACUUAUAUUCUUUGUUCUACAAUACUAUUUGCACUCAGUUCGCGUAUGUAUUGUUUAUAAAACAAUAUUCUUUGCAACUUAUAUUCUUUGUUCUACAAUAUUAUUUGCACUCAGUUCGCGUAUGUAUUGUUUAUAAAACAAUAUUCUUUGCAACUUAUAUUCUUUGUUCUACAAUAUUAUUUGCACUCAGUUCGCGUAUGUAUUGUUUAUAAAACAAUAUUCUUUGCAACUUAUAUUCUUCAUUCUACAAUAUUCUUUACACUCAGUUCACGUCUGUAUUGUUUAUAAAACAAUAUUCUUUGCAACUUAUAUUCUUCAUUCUACAAGUUUCUUAGCAUUCAGUUCGCGUCUGUAUUGUUUAUAAAACAAUAUUCUUUGCAACUUAUAUUCUUCAUUCUACAAUAUUCUUUACACUCAGUUCGCGUAUGUAUUGUUUAUAAAACAAUAUUCUUUGCAACUUAUAUUCUCCAUUCUACAAAAUUCUUUGCACUCAGUUCGCGUCUGUAUUGUUUAUAAAACAAUAUUCUUCGCAACUUUCUCGGUGUGUGUGUGCGCUCCGGUACAGUUUUCAACAACUGCUAUUCAGCUGUGUGUGUGUGUUUAGUUAGUACAUGGUUUGUCAUAGCUGGAUCUGCAAUAUAUGUGUACAAUCAACAUUGCUGGUUCUUGGUCAGUUGAAGAACUUCGGCAGCGUCUCUCUGCACAGUGUUGAUUGACCGCACCCGAUGCAAUGAGUAUCAGUAGCAGCUCAUGUGGCUUUGGAUCGCUGUUCCGGCCGACAUGGCUGCAGCGGUUUGCGACUGCGCGCUGCUUCCUGGUCGUCUACGGUCUACUGGGCACCAUUCAGUCCAUGGCGUUCAUCUACUUCGUCUCCACUCUCACCACGCUCGAGAAACGGUUCAAGAUUCCUAGCAAAACUACAGGUUUCAUGAUGAGCGGUAACGAGGUAAGUCAGGUGCUUUUAUCACUGCUGCUGACCUAUUACGGCGGUCAGAGGAACCGACCGCUGUGGAUCGCGUGGGGCGUCGCCUUCUCGGCUGCCUCUUGCUUCAUAUUAGCCGUGCCGCACUUCCUGUAUGGCCCAGGGAGCACCGCUCUCUCGCUCACCAAGGAGUUCCUCACCAGUCAUCCUGAUAUGAACUCCACCAAGUUCAACAAGGAUGACGCAUUAUUGUGCUCUAGUGAGAACAGGGAGGAGUCACACUGCAAAGUCAAUGACAGUGUUGGCGAAUUCUCAUCAGUUCCUCCGCUUCUAGUUUUCUUCUCGCAGUUUUUCCUUGGAAUUGGCACAACGUUAUACUAUUCGCUGGGUCAGACGUACAUUGACGACAAUACUAAGAAGAAAAAUACACCCAUGCUGCUUGGCCUUACUCUAUCUUUGAGAACGAUUGGCCCAGCUUUUGGAUUUGUUGUUGGAUAUUUGUGCUUGAAGCUGUACAUCGACCCAACUUUGACUCCGAUCAUUGAUCAGAAAGAUCCUCGCUGGCUUGGAGCUUGGUGGCUAGGUUGGAUGAUUCUUGGAUCAGUGAUGUUGUUAUUCUCAAUCCUGAUCUCCUGCUUCCCUAAGAAGCUGCCACCCAAGAAGACGCAAGUGGGAGUUGCUGUGAAUAAUGUUAAAAAUCAGAAGAUUUCACUGGACCAAGAGAAAACUGUUCCAAAUUUGGAUCCUGUUGAAGCCUUUCAAAUAACCGAGGAAAAACAGAAGGCUCCAAAGUUGAAAGAUUUCCCAGCCGCUUUAGCACGAUUACUGAAGAACAAGUUACUGAUAAUAAAUAUUUUCUCUGGUGUUUUCUACAUCCUUGGAGGCUCAGGCUACAUAACUUACAUUACCAAGUACUUAGAAAUCCAAUUCCAAAUUUCUGCUGCCGACGCUAGCUUCAUUAUUGGUCCAACCACAAUUCUGUCAAUGACAAUAGCGUUCCUAGGAUCUGGCUUCCUCAUAUCGAAAUUCAGACCGAGGCCCGUUUUCCUUUUGUCAUGGAAUGUUGUUGUCGGCAUCUCCUUUGUGAUUGGCGAGUUGGCAUUCAUUUUUAUUAGCUGUAAAAGUAGCAGUCUGAUGGGAUAUGACAGCAGCAAUAUAAACAGGAUACAAAUCAUAAACGAGUGCAACAGGAAUUGCGGCUGUGAAGGAGUCAAGUACAGUCCGGUGUGCCUCCCGGAGCAGGGCACCACAUUCUACAGCGCUUGUCACGCAGGGUGUACGUUAGCUGAGAACAAUGAACACAAAAAGUUGACAUACAGAAACUGUAGCUGCAUCAAUGAGGAAAUCUUCGAAUUUGACGGGAUGAAAAAAGACGUGAAUGAUAACAACGUCUAUCACGGCAAUGUUGACCCCACCAUCACGCUGGAAAACGGGCCGUGCAAUAAUGACUGCUACAAAAGUUUUGUCAUUUUCAUUUCGAUAACUUGCAUUAUGCACUUUCUGGGAAGCUCUGGUAGGAUUGGCAACAUUCUAGUCAAUUACAGAUGUGUCGAUGAGUUGGAUAAAUCCUUUGCUCAAGGCUUAUCACUUCUACUUAUCAGCUUACUGGCAUUCAUUCCUGGACCCAUUUUGUAUGGCUACAUCAUAGAUUCAACGUGCACUAUAUGGGAUGAAACCUGUGGAGAGAGAGGCAACUGUUGGUUGUACAACAGGGAAGAUUUUAGAUUUAGAGUCAAUAUCACAGCUGCAGCAUUGACAUUCAUUGGAGCAGUUCUUGAUGGAGUCGUCUGCUAUCUUGGUAAAGAUUUGGAUCUCUACACAGAAGCCAACGCUGAACAAAAACCUGAAGCCAAGACGUGACAGAAAUCCGAGGCAGUUCAAAUAAACAUCAAUAGUACAAGAACUAUCUUAUUUUAAGAAACUUUCUCUUGUGUGUGCUACCUCACAAGCGAUAUGACAACAACUCUGUGUGAUGAGUGAUAAUUUUAAGUGAUUGAUCGUUUUAUGAUCAAAUCGUGUAUAGUUAUAAUCGUUUUAUUAUCUAACAUUAGACCAUACGGCACUUUGGAUAUGUGUGAUCCGAUUUGAAAAAUGUUUGCAAUAUGUAAUGAAAUAUAUUUAAUUUAUCAAA